AUGACGUGGGUCCGUCUGGCAAAAUUUUCACAAAAACGACGUUCAAAUGACCGCCAAACAGUUGUAAAGGCUACAAUACCAGAAAAACCCCCAACAGAGGGGAAUACAUCAACAAGAAAGGAGUCUAUAGCUGACUUCUUGGAAUUAAAGGACAGCCAAGACAGUCAUUAUAGCCAUAAUGACAUUAAAAAGUAUGAAGAAACCAUAAAAGAGCUCAUAAAUGUUCUGGAAGGUACUAAUGAUUCCAUUGAAAGUGUCGACAGCGCAACGAACACUACUGUAGUUGAAAAAACUAAUAAGGAACAAGAACUGGCCAAAAAUAUUGCAGAUCAGCCCCUCAACGACAAAGAAGUUCCCUUCCAAGUUCCCAGGAAGUUUAGCACAAACUUUCAGAAACCGGUUAGAGAGAAAUCUAAGAAAACACUUAUCCCCACCAGUAAUUCAUUUGACGUCCUAAUAGAUACAUCGGACACAGAUACUGACGAUGACAUAGGUCCUUGGUGAUAACGAAGAACUACAAUUAAAAUGACCAACAGAUGGGAGACAUUUGGAGAAAGAACGAUAUUAUGGUUUAGGAGUUGGAUAUACAAACUGACAGCAGUCUACUUUUUAUGCUAUUUUCAAACAUGUACCAAAUCAAGCUGUUUGGAUGUCACCAAUGAAAACGACCCCUUCAUAAUGACAAAUUGUACACUUAUCAGUUUACCAUACACUUUCUAUUCAGGAUGGAUAUGUGGAGAUGGUAAUAAAAAUUGUCAAAGAAUAUUGAACAUACAGUCUUCAAAUAUACCAAUUUUACCUUCAAGAGGUUUUGAAAAUUUUUCCGCAUACACCGUUUUCUAUUUAAAUGAUCUCAAUAUAACUAAAAUAAUGCCAAACGCGUUUUCAGGUCAUCCUAUAAAGGAAAUAUAUCUUUUUAAGAAUAAACUAAAAGAAAUUUCUUCAGAUAUUUUCAAUGAUUUAAAAGAAUUAGAAAUUCUGGAUUUGUCUUGGAAUGAUUUAGAUACAUUAUCUGAUAAUUGUUUUGUAGGUGCUGUAAAUUUAAAAACUCUUUAUUUAUAUAAUAACCAAUUGACUAAUUUUUCUACUGCUAUUAUAGAUCCUGGCGUUCGAAUAAAAUUACUUCAUUUAGAAAACAACUACUUAAAGAAAUUUAUUGUAGAAUUUAUUAUUAAUAUUGAAACAGUUUUAAUGUCAAAUAAUAAAAUGACUAAUUUGGAUUUUUGUCCAUUAAUAUUUGAUGUGUUUAACGUAAGCAACAAUUUAAUCAGAGAAAUUAAUAUAAAUUGUAUUUCUAGCCAUGCUCAGAUUAAAGAAUUUAAUUUAGAAUUUAAUAAUAUAUAUAAAAUAGAUGCAUUUGCAUUUAAAAAUGCUCCAAAUUUAGAGAAACUAUAUUUAAAUAAUAAUAACAUCACGCAUAUAGCUGCUGGUUCAUUUUACAAUUUGGAUCAUCUUAUAGCUUUAAAUCUAAGUUGUAACAAAAUAAGUUUAAUUGAGGAUGGAUCAUUUGAUAAUUUAAAGGAUUUGCAAAUAUUAGAUUUAUCUUAUAAUAGAAUUCAAAAUAUAAAUCACUCUUUACAUUCAUUAAUUUCUUUAACAAAACUGUAUAUUGAAAAUAAUACGAUAUCGUUUCUGGAUUCAGAACAAAUUUAUAUAAAUUCUCCUCAUUUAUCAACUGUGUGGUUUUUUAAUAAUAGUCUAAGAUGUGAAAAUGUAAUCAAACUUAACAAAGAUUUUCGAAAGGAAAAUAUUAAUAUCGGUUUUAGCGAUAUUAGAAACGUAUCCAACAUUGAGGGAAUUAUUUGUAUCACAACUUCCAUUACAGAAAAUCCAGCUGUCAGAAACAUACAAACAUUAACUAACAAUUUAAAUAAUAUAACAUCUAUUCUAAAUUAUAUAAAUACUGGAAAUUCUCAAAUUAAAACCAAACUUCAUGAAAAUGGACAGAUUAAUAAGAAUUUUACAGAAGAUUUUCAUAAUUUUAUCGAAUAUUACAAUAGUUCCAAUAAAGAGCAAUUAGAAACUAGUAAAUUUGGAUCACAUAUUUUAACUUCUAUUUUAAAUAUAAUUGAUAAGAAUAAUCAGUUAAAUUUAAAAAAGGAAAAUGUAAGUAAGAUGCGAUAUGAAGUAAUGAAAGACUCGGUAUACAAUAUUACGUCAUUUUUAAAAAAAAUGUCAGAACAGGAAUAUUUAACUGAACACUUAGAGAGAAACAUAUCUGGAUAUUUGAUGGAUAUUAAAAAAGGAUUUUAUAAUUUUUUUCAAGAAUUUAAAAAUUCAAGCUUAGAUAAUAAACAGGAUAUUUUUAAAAAUUAUCUAGAAUUUCAAAAACAAAUAGAAAAUACUGAAGAGGCUCAAAUUGACAAAAUAUUGGUUAUGCUUGGUGUCAUUUUUGUGUCAAUUAUUAUAAUUUGCUUAGUUUUACUUGUGCUUCUGUUCAAAAAUUCAUUCAUCAGAAAAUUUGACAAUAAAAAAGAACAAAUAGAACUAUAGGAAAAAUAACAUUUUAAAUUUUGUAAUAAUUUUUAUUAGUUUUUAUAAAAACACGACACAAGGUGUAAAAACAAGAAAGAAGUGAACUUCUUUUUUCCUUUGAACCACUUCAUCUUUUUAAUUUCAUAUGAGAGUUCGGUCCAUACUAUGUAAAAGAACCUUUUUUUACCAGAAUCAAUCUCCAACUAAAAAUAUACAAGAUUGUGUUUUAAAAAGUACUAAAGUAUUUAUUCAGCAUAUAUAUCAAAAAUUCACAGAACAAAUCUAUUUUUAUUGAGACUAGCCCUUUCUUUCAUUGCCUCAACUAUUAUACGUCAAUCUCUUCUCAAAUAAUGUAAAGAAAUAGUAGUUUACCUAACAAGUGCGGAAAGUAAUACUUUUCCACACGCGAUUGCAGAUAGCCGAACGACGCGUGCAAUCGCGUGCGGAAAAAUCACUUUACGCACGUGUUAGAUACACCGUUUUCUGGUAAAAUGUUUAUUACUUUUAUAAUUCCACCAAAAUAUUGUAAGAAAUAACUUGAUACUUUGUAACACCCGAGGUAACACCUUUGAAACCUAAAAAUGUAUUUUAUAAAAAAUGUAAUAUAGACUUUUCUUUUUAUCACCUCUUCUGUUAUGUUAAAAUGUUUGUACAUAUUGUACUUUUAAUUAUUUAGAAAUUGUCUGACAAAUAAAGUAUCUUUGAA